ACGUCGUACGCCAUUUUUUGUGUAUACUAAUGCUGUCAUUUGAUCAAUAUUAUUUUCGACAAAUCGCAUCAAUAAUUUCUUACGAAAUUCGAGAAUAGUAUAGGAGGUGAAUUCCCUGUCAUAAUGGAUGAGGACCAACGCACUGUUUGGUGCGGUAAUUUAAGCGAUAAAGUUACCGAAGACAUACUUUACGAGUUAUUCCUGCAAGGUGGGCCAGUUCAGAGGGUUUCGAUACCUAAGGACAAAGACGGAAAACAACGAACUUACGGUUUUAUCACAUUUAAACAUGCUGUUUCUGUACCAUAUGUACUUGACCUAUUUGAAGGCACAGCUCUGUUUGACAGAACACUGAGUAUGAAAACUCGAAACAAUAUAGAAAUACCGGUACAAUCACACCCUAACAGCGGAUUGAGGAAACAGGAAGUCAGCCAAGACUUGCACAAUGUGUUUCAACUGCAGAACAAAAUGAUAAUUGGUAACUUGAUGCACGGACUGUGCGUUGGGCCAGAAAUGCUCAUGUAUCAGAGUCAAUUAAAUCCUUGGGCAUAUCCAGAAAAUCGAUCCCAACAGACGUUGCAUCCUUAUCAGCAGUGCGAACGCAGUAGAGAACAUAACGGUUACAAAAUUAGACAUGAUCGCAGGGAAAGACAUUCGUCACAUCGGUCCAAUGAUUACUCGCGAAAUUCUGAUCACAGAAAUAGUAGACGGCACUAUCGGAAAUAAUAACAUAAACUCUCGGUCCAAAUGUGUGAUCUAAAUCUACAGAUAUAUCUAUGCUUAGUUUUGUAAUGUAUGUAUUUUAAAAAGAAUGGCAUUCAUGAUAUGAAUGCUACAAAUACAAUUUCUCGAUUUUUAAUAA